GGAGGGAAAGAAAGAAAAAAAACAUCAACAAAACACAUCCGAGAUUGUUUGUAAUUAAAAGCAGCGAAAUAAAACACAAAAAGUGUAAUAAAAAGAAACCACAACAGCAGGACGACGGACGCUGCGCUUACGUAAAGGCAAACGAACGCGCCUUUUACCGGGACGGAAAAUACUCUCUUCCUGCAAAUGAGCUUGCACGCGACAUGUUCUCGCUGGUAGCAGAUUAUGGCGAUAGUGAGGAAUCGUCCGCAUCGUCCGACUCUUCCUCCUCCUCGGACGACGGUGGCGGAAAGAAGGAAUCAAAUCAGCCACAACCGGGCGAAACCAUUCAAAAGCAGUCUAGUGAUUUAAAUGGUGACCAAUCCAGCCCACUUCCCAGUGCCAGCGCCCUGUUCCAGUCCGGCACGGCUCGCAUCCUCCCAGGCAGCGUUUUUAGCAACCCGUUCCGGGAGGCGGAAGAGGCCAAGCUGGCCAGCCUCGAGCGGCACGUCAAGAUGGUCGAUCCGGAGGCGAAUGCGGCCGAGCAGAAGCGGAAGGUGUGCUGGAGCUACAAGAAGGGCCGGUGCCGGUUCGGCAGCAAAUGUAACUUUGCGCACGAUUCCGAUUUGAUACUGCGCAAGGGGCAGGCGGAAGAUGAUGCGCAGGAUGGUGCACCGCCGGACGAGGUGCCGGUGGUGAUGGUGAGGAAGCUGAAUCCACCGGACCGGAAGAAACGGCCCGGGCUGAGCCGUGAGCUGGUGCCACCGAAGAAGGUGCUGAAGAUGUACCACAAGGAAAAAUACGGGAUGCUUAAGUAGGAGGACGUUGCGAGGGAUAAACUCCCCCAUUUGCGCACGUUUUGUUUUAAUGAUUUACGUUUUACACGCUUUUGUAAGAUAUAUUGAAGCGUCCCCGAAGGUGGGGGAGCGAGUUUUAUUUACAGUCGAGCUAGAAAUAGACCCUCUUUUUAUGUUCUAUCGCA